GAGAAUGUAUGGAUGAGAGAGGUGGGCCUUGCUUUCCCUGCACCGAACUGAACUUUAAAACUUCUCUACCCCUCCCCCACCCUGGCCUCUGGAACCUCGGCUUUAGAGGAAAGAGCCAGUUUUCAGAGGGAUCACCUCGGUCACACUACCUCCACCUGCCCAGCCUGUGGAAGAUUAGCGACCAUGUUUUCCAGUGGGCUAGGAACUGCGGCUGCUGGAAGAAGGAGUGUGUGUCUUCUCUCCUUGCUGCUCCUUGGCCUCUGGGGCUGUGUGACCUGUCACUGGAGCCCUGUGGAGGACAUCUGCACAGCCAAGCCGCGGGACAUCCCUGUGAAUCCCAUGUGCAUUUACCGAACCCCAGAGAAGAAGGCCCCUGAGGAGGAGGGCUCAGACCAGAAGAUCCCCGAGGCCACCAACCGGCGGGUCUGGGAACUGUCCAAGGCCAAUUCCCGCUUUGCCACUGCCUUCUAUCAGCAUCUGGCGGACUCCAAGAAUGAAAAUGACAACAUUUUCCUGUCGCCCCUGAGUAUCUCCACAGCUUUUGCUAUGACCAAGCUGGGAGCCUGUGACAACACCCUCAAGGAGCUGAUGGAGGUUUUUAAGUUUGAUACUAUCUCCGAGAAAACAUCGGACCAGAUCCACUUCUUCUUUGCCAAACUGAACUGCCGACUCUAUCGGAAAGCCAACAAAUCCUCUGAGUUGGUAUCAGCCAAUCGCCUCUUUGGAGACAAAUCCCUUACUUUCAAUGAAACCUACCAGGACAUCAGUGAGGUGGUAUAUGGAGCCAAGCUCCAGCCCCUGGACUUCAAGGAAAAUCCAGAACCAUCCAGAGUGACCAUCAACCAGUGGAUAUCCAAUAAGACCGAAGGACGUAUCACUGAUGUCAUUCCCCAGGAUGCUAUUAAUGAGUUCACUGUCCUGGUGCUGGUUAACACCAUUUACUUCAAGGGCCUAUGGAAGUCGAAGUUCAGCUCUGAGAACACAAGGUUAGAACCUUUCUACAAGGCCGAUGGGCAGUCGUGCUCGGCAUCCAUGAUGUACCAGGAGGGCAAGUUCCGCUAUCGGCGCGUGGCAGAAGGCACCCAGGUGCUCGAGUUGCCUUUCAAGGGUGAUGACAUCACCAUGGUGCUCAUCCUGCCCCAGCGUGAGAAGAGCCUGGCCAAGGUGGAGCAGCAGCUCAGCCCGGAGGUGCUGCAGGAGUGGCUGGAUGAGCUGGCGGAGACAAUGCUGGUGGUCCACAUGCCCCGCUUCCGCAUCGAGGACAGCUUCAGUGUGAAGGAGAAGCUGCAGGACAUGGGCCUUGUGGACCUGUUCAGUCCGGAGAAAUCCAAGCUCCCGGGUAUUGUUGCCGGAGGCCGUGACGACCUCUUCGUCUCAGACGCAUUCCAUAAGGCAUUUCUUGAGGUGAAUGAGGAAGGCAGUGAAGCAGCAGCUAGUACCGCCAUCGUGAUUGCUGGCCGUUCGCUGAACCCCAACAGAGUGAUCUUCAAGGCCAACAGGCCCUUCCUGGUUCUUAUAAGGGAAGUUGCUCUGAACACUAUCAUCUUCAUGGGCAGAGUAGCCAACCCUUGUGUGAACUAGAGGGUUCUUAUUCCUUGCACUUCCUCCUAUUUGGUUUGUGAACAGAGGUAAAAAUAAAUACAAUUACUCCCAUCUCACCAGUAUGAAUGGACAUUGCCACCUGAAAUAAAGACAAGGAAGGGAGAAACUGCUAGACAUGCUAUUGGGCAUUUGGUAAAAUGAUGAUUUUUACUUGCUACCAGUGAACACAUCUGGGUAAAGGAAGUGAAGGAUAUGUGACUGCAUUAUCCUGAAUGGUGGUAGGCAUCCCGGAAGGGCAGGGGGGCUUGAUAUCUCGGUAUUCCCACUUUACAAAAAAAUCCCCCAUUUUAAAACGCGUUAAUCUCUAUGUACAGAAAAACAGAGACUCAAAUCUGAGUAUUAAACCAUUUAAUUCUCAAACCACUCACAUGCAUAAUGUUCUUUUACACAGUGUUAAAAUAAAGAGGAAAAUGUAUCUUUAUACAGAUUUUCAAGUAUACAUUAAUAGACUUUUCAGAUUACUAACCAAGUUGCUAAGAUUUCAUUCACAUUGUUCUUAAAGCUGUCCAACGAGAAAGCUUUUGCUAAGCUGCUUUAAAUAUGUUUAUAUAAACCCAUCUCUUCACUCUUUCUCAGAAUCUCCCGCCCCCAACCCCAGUCUCCGCCCACCCUCCUGCCCUCCCCCCUCCCCGACACAACAGGGCUCCUGGGCUCUAGGAGGCAUGCAACCCACCAAGAAAGAUUGGCUUGUCAUCAGGGGAAGGACAGAACCUACAGGAGGAGAGACUGAGCACACCUAUCAAAUUAAGGGCUGAGAUUAGAAAUGACACAAGUCAGACUCAUUUUAUAGCCUUUGUAUUUUCACUUGACUUUCUAAUGAAAAAAAUCUCAGCCUCCCACAAAACAACCCAGAAAUUUCUGAUAGUUUGGUAACUGAGAAAAUAACUUAAUAUUGACUUCCCCAGUGAAACUUUUAAAAUCAGAGUAGGCAUUUUGAACUUUUUCAUUUUGGUUGUUUCAUUUUCCCUUUGGCUGGGGGUGGGAGCGACUUAAAAAAGGAUGUUAUUAUUUGUUUACAUUAAGGAAUUUGGUUAAUUUCACAGGGUCUGGCAAAAGAGUUCUCCCUCCUCAACUCUCCUCCUGAAGUAAUCUGGCUUUAGGGCUGGAAACAGCCACUCUCCUUAGGAAUUAAAGUGCAUUUUUUUCAGUAAAAGGGGUGUGUGUGGGGGGGUGGUUUACGCUUAAGUGAUAAUGAUUAAAAGAGGGUGGGGUGAGAGGAAAUCCUAUUCCUAUAUAUAGGUAUUUAUAAUUAAGGUCAUAAUAAAGAUCAAUACUCUCUAAGGAAAUAAGAUGCGCAAACCAGCCCAGCACCCUCUGAGGUGCAAGGGCGCUAGCCUGGCUCACUGACUUGUCUGAGGCAUCUUUAAGCGACCUGGAGUAAUCGCUGCAGAUGAAAGACACAAACUGCAAGGGUUAGUUUUUUCAAAGGGAAAAAACAGACUGGUAGGUUCUUAUAGUUAAAAACUACCUCAUUCCCUUUCAGGGAUAACAGCAUUUUAGAAACUGAUUGUCUGUUUUCAUAUGAAUCCUUGAUUAACAAGUUGUGAAAAAAUGUUAGAUAAGUUCAUUGCUUACAAAUAUUAUGGUAGCCUUUAAAAACUCAGGUGGAGGGGGCAUUGUAGGUGCUUGCUAUCAAUCAGUAUCAGCCGAGAGGAAGUGACACUUCCCUGUAAUCUCCUUAUUUGAUAGCUACCACUGACUAUUUUCCUUUAAAUGCUUUACUAUUUCUUGGGGGACAAUCCCAAGAGUUUUCCAAAGAGAACUAAGUGCUACAUUAUUAGCUGUACGCAGAAGUGGUGGGCUCAAAAUGAGGGGGAAUUGUCCUGGAGUCUGGCCUCUGAGUCCAGUGUGAUCUGCUUUUCACAGUGACCAGUGGGAAGGCACAAUGCCAGGGACAGUGGGUGGGACAGUGUCACCCACCGGAUAAGCACCAUAGAGAACAGAUUUCUUUCGACCACGUCCAUCUGACAGAAAUCGAGUUUUGGCUACAUGACUCUUCUGUCUGAACCCUCGGUCUUCUCUCCUUCUCUUCCAAUGUACUUUCCCCUUUCCUCACAUAUGCUGAACUGCCCUAAACUGAGAGUUCUGGUUUUCAGAUUUCUGAAAGGAGGAGCUCUUGGUUCCUGACUGAACUGGCAGUUCUCUUUAAGGUCUGCCAUGAGAUCACACAAAAAAAAUGCAACAGGCUCAACCUGUGAACACAGACCACAGCAGAUGAAAAGUGAGUGGCUGGGACAGAACACAUUGCUUCUGCCUAGAGUUUGGGAAUGUCUUUCUUUUGUUGAGAGGAGGGAUAGGGCAGGUGAUGUAACUGUGGUCAGACUAGCCUCUGGUUAGCUGCUUCCAAAAGGACUUCUUAGAGGUUUCAAGCUGACCCAGGAGGGCAGAAGAACCUGACAGAACUUCACAGUCCUGAUAGGGAAUGUUUCGUUUCUUGCUUAAAAUUUAGUACAAGUUUAUACAUAUAUAUUUACCAUCACUUCCCCAUCCUUUUCCACUCUCCCCACUCCCAAUCUUAAAAUCCAGUGCGGCGUGAUUUGCAUAAAGUCCAACAACAUUUCACAGUACUCCACAAUGCUCUUCAGUAGGAGAACCCGUGGGCCACUCUCCCGAUGCAUACAAGUCCCAAAGCUGCCGCUUUCCAAUUCCACCCAGAAUCAGGAAGCCUUCACACGUUUUCUAAGGCAUAGGAGGCAUUUUCUCUAAGUGACACUGCAGCAUUUGCAUGCUAAGCAAAUAGCCAGGCCUUAAUGUUACUGUAAUGAAAUUUCAUAGCCUGAUGCUAAUUCAGUCCUCUGCACGAACCAGUCUUUCCUUUUUGACCCACUAUUUCUUCUCAAACAUACCAGCUACUUGAAAUUUAAAUGAUCAGUUAUUUGUAGGCAAUAUAUGAACGAAUUUCUAUGGUGCCCAGAAUUCUCUCAGGAGAGAGUCCGCUAUGUCUGAACCUGCUCUGAAACACAAAUUUCUUUCAUGAAUUAGAAAUCACUGGGUAGUUCCUUAGUUAGAACAGUGGCUCUCACUUUUUAUGGGAAAUCAAACAGUUCUCCCCUUCCAUUACCAUGUGUGAGGUUGCCAUGGCAGGUAUCUUUACUACGUGGGGUGGAAAGAAGGAAAGAUAUGAAACUUCAUUUGGGAAUUACUGGAUUAGGUCUUUGACAUCCUGGAACAAAGAUGCUAAAAUGACUAUUUCACAUUUCUUAUAAAAUUCAGAAACAUUUAAGCCUUAGCUAGUGCAUUUCAUUCACAAAGAAGGAAAAAUGAAAGUCACUUUACAUAAAAAUCCCACAUAGAAGACAGCUAAGAGACAACUGAAUGCAUCACCCCAGAAAGGAGCCUUUCCUCUCCACUGAUUUAACAAUGCUUUUCAGUUACUUUACAAAGAGAGGUCUCCCUGGGUGGCGUGGCUUGGCUCUUUUAAUAAGGUCAAGGGCUCUAUUUUCGUAGCAGAACUGAGAAACCUCCAAUCAAACCACCUAUGUAAAGUGGGUUCUAGAAACCAGACUUUGAAAAUAUGCUUUGUUUACUUAUGCAGCCUUUGUAUCUGGUAUAGAGAGGAAAUGGAAUGGAUGGCAACAUCUCUCUCCAGAAUGACUCUGAGGACAAAUGGACAAUCUAUUGUAAAACCUGAGUCUUGGCCCACCCACCAUAAGCUUAAACUCAGAGCCAAUAAAGGUAUCUGAUGAGGGAGGUCUAUGGGCCAAGGUCAACUGGCUCUGAACUAGAAAGCAGUAAGGCCAGUGUUCACCCAAGUCACAGGGAAGAAAGGGAAGACUCCAUGCUUCCUCCCAAUUCACAGAUUUAACAUGCCUCAAAGGAAAGAUCUAGGCGUUUCUCACUGUUGUGUUUGUUCUGUUUUUAAGUAAAUCACUUUAGCUGUACUGGCUGCACCAUCAACAGUAAAUUAUUGACUUUAGGUAAGACUGUACCUUAAGCAUGUGGUAUAGCAAAACAGCUGGGGACUGGCCUAGGACAGAAUCUGGGCACAAACAAAAGACAAGCCAGAGGUGAGAAUUUUCCUAAGCAGGAGCUAAUUCCUGAGUCCAGGAUAUCAGCCUGGCUUAUACACUGACAAUUAUUUUACAGUUAUACAAAAAAUAGCUGUGGUGAAUAGAUUCACAUUGAUUUUACUGCCUCAUCUACAGGAUUCAUACUGUACUCAGGCAGAGGUUACUCUGCAUCAGUUGUCACCUAUGAGUAAUGCUUGUCUCAUUAUUUGGAAUUUCACACUGUUGGUAUCAUCGCUUGUCCUACCCAGUUACUGGAUAAAUGAAUAUUUAUUAGCUUGUACCUGAAACAAAGAAGCCAACCUCUCAAAAUAUGAAAGUGGAUCACUCUGUCUCAUCUUCACUCCUCAUCAGACAUUAGGACUAGCCAGUGCAUUAGAAAGAAAAGGCGGAAGCAUUCCAGGGUACCUAUUAAAGGGCCAGUGGUCCUUCCCCAGCUGUAACAGAUGUUCCAAGGGGAGGUGACCUGAUGUGGCUCAGUGUGCCAGUGUUCCAAACAGCCAGUCAGUUGAGUGCUACAGCUGGACUUCCAGAUUAGGUGGCCUGCCUAGUGGCAUUUUACUACUAAAACUACAUUAUCUGACACCCACAACAUUCAAGCGAGGCGUCCUGACUAUUGUAACAGUAUCGGCAUUAAAAACAGGAACAUCACUCUUUGAAGUGACAAAAAAGCAAAACAGGCCACCCAGAAAUCCAUGUCAUCCUCACCUCUAUGUCAAGAUAUUGGCAGAAGGCUUGUUACCAGGAACAUAUGGUUUUUAUUCCAGUCCCCCCCAAAAUGGACCGCAAAUGGCAACUGAAAACAACAACAAUGCAGGAUUCAAAUACAUUUUUCACAUCAUUAAAAGGAGUGGGGUGCAUCUUUGAAAACAACAGAAAGGCUCCACUUCCACUGACUACUCUUGCCAAAUAGAAGCCAGCGGAUAAAAGCACUAACCCCAAGUGUUCCGACACUUUGAUCUGGGCACCAAAACAAACAUUAACAUCUAACUUGACAAGGAGAACUGGAUCCGGCAGCCUCUGUAUCUUGGGUUUGGCUUUCCUUUGCUUGCUACAGAAAGCUACACUCUUUCUUCAGCCAAGUGCUCAGAGGUAGAGGAGCUGAAGUGAGUACAAGAGAGAAUGGGGGGGCAUUGGCUGAGGAAUCCAGCCUCCUGCGGAAGGGGUUGCAGGGCAACCUUGGAAUAUGCUCAGUCUUUAAUGGGAGGUAGUGUACACUGACUCAUCUGCCUUCAUCAGACACCUUUUUCUCAUAUACACACAUGAAGUCACAUACACGGAGCUGGCCACUCACAACAAUAUUGCAACGUGCAGCAGCAGCACGCCUAUCCUAACAGCUGCUUUCAGUCUCAGUUUUAUACUGUACCCCAGCUCUUCUCAGGCAGAUGCAAGCCAAAUCGGUUACUCUGAGGUCCCUCCUUUGCCAGGCUUUUAAACAUACAUUUCACUUUAGCACCUACAACUUUAUCUCUGAAGAAUAGCUGCACUAAGUGGGUGCAAUGUGUUAUAACAUCUUUAUAAAUAGAAAGUGCGAGAAAUCAUUUCUUAGCCAAAAUACUAACAAAGCAACAAAAAGCUCUCAUAGCCUACUGUGCCAAGAAUGAGAUUUUUAGAAUCAAUGAUACAACUAACAAAAUGCUUCUAAUGCUACCAAGGCCUAGUGGACGAGUAAAUAUUUAUAAACAUACAUUUAUGAAAAAAGAUAUUAAGAAAAUAGCCAAACUUCCCACAAGUUAUUUGCAUGAACUCUCUUUAGUAUACCACUCUGUGUUCAAUGCACAUGCAUAUACAAGUGAAUUAUAUUAGUGUUAUUUUUAUUGGGCCAGUUUUCCAAAAAGAAAACAGGCUCAUUUUUUUAAAACUUCAAGUUACAUGAUUUAAAAUCAUUUUUGUAAAAAUAUUACGAAUACCAUAAAAAUUCUAAAAUCUCUACUGUCUUGCUGACAGCCAUUCUAGAGGUGAUUUGUCACACUUAGCGUCCUCUGUUUCAGCAUCGUGGCUUUCAGAGGAAACACAUCUUAAGCUCUGUUCCCUGUGUUGUAAUUCUGUUUUCGCAGUGGUUCUUAAAGAACCACUAGAGUUAGGAUUCUGUUACCUUAUGGGAAAAACAAUAGAUCACCUUCUCUUGACAUAAAUAUCUACUUUAAGAUGCAGCUACCAGCAGAAAUCUAAACCCUAAAGGAAUUUCUACUCACUCAGGUUGUUGUGAUUGGCUUGAUUUGGUCUAGACUUGUGAUGCUGAAAAAAAAGAACAAA